AUGUCUGUCGAGUCAACUGGUACAGUCGACUUCAAGGUCGGCACUGACACAUAUCAAACGUGGUACAAGAUCGUGGGUGACAUCAAGGCCAGCAAGCACCGCCCACUUGUUAUUGUGCACGGUGGACCAGGGAUGACCCACCACUACAUGCUACCACAUGAGACCAUUUUUGCCAAAACUGGUAUACCAGUCAUUUUCUAUGAUCAGAUUGGAAACGGUUCUUCUUCAAUCUGCAAGGAUGCGCCUCCGGAGUUCUGGACACCCGAAUUGUUCAUGGACGAGCUUGACAACAUCCUUCAAGCUCUCGGAGUAGAGAAUGAUUUUGAUCUUCUAGGACAAUCAUGGGGAGGAAUGUUGGUCGCGCAAUAUGCUGCCACUCGGCUUCCCAAAGGUCUGAAACGUCUGAUCAUCGCCAAUGCUCCGGCAUCGAUGGAGCUGGCUUCUAUUGGUACAGACCAGUUGCUUGAGAGAUUUCCACCCGAGUUUCAGAAGAGUGUGCGCAAGCAUGAAUCAGAAGGCACCCAGGAGUCUGAGGAGUAUCAAGCACUUGUGUCCGAGUUUUAUAAUAAGCACGUCUGUACCAUUGAUCCCUGGCCAAAAGAUGUCAAUACGACUUUCGAAUUGCUUAUGACCAAUCCCGGGGUUUAUCAGGCAAUGGUUGGGCCUUCCGAAUUCAAUGUCAUCGGAUCACUAAAGGACUGGUCCAUCGUCGACGUUAUCCACAAAAUCGCCGUUCCUACUCUCCUGAUCUCUGCUCCUCUGGAUGAGAUCCAAGAGAUUUCGGUUUUGCCGUUCUUCGAGAAGAUACCCAAAAUAAAAUGGGUCGAGCUUCAAAACAGCACACAUCUUGGCAUGUAUGAGGAACCAGAAAGGUACUUCGAAGUUGUUUUGAGUUUCUUGAACAAUACCCUAGUCUAG